AGUUGUUGAAAUAUUAAAAAUUUAAUAACUUGAUUUAAAAAGUGUUUUUAAAAAAUAUUAAUAAUCAUGUCAAUUAAUGUAACCGUUACGGGAAAUCCUGUUUGUAUUAAAAAAAAAAUAGUUUUAUCUGACUUUGAACAGAUCAAAAAAAAUGAACGUGAACGAAGAAAAAGAUUACGUUUAGCACAGGUUCGACAACAAUCAAAAGACAUGUCAUCAAAGCUUUUGGAGAGAGCAAAAAAUAUAGCAAAAAGUGAAUUAAAUCGUUAUGAAAAUAAUAAAAAUUCACCAUUAAAUUGUUUACAUACACAAAAAAUUAUGGAAAUACAGCAAAAAUAUGAAAAUGAUAUUCGAGAUAUUGGACUAGCUCAUAACACAGCAGCAUCACAAUUAGAACAUAAUUCAGCUGAUGUUGAUGAAAUUCUUGACAUUAAAAAAAAUUCAAAUCAUACUGUUGCUGUAGAACGUGGAAAAAUUGCAAGUCAAAGAUUAAAAGAAUCAUCACAGAUAAAUGAUCCUAUUGCUGUGCAACAGGAACGUCUUCGUCAAGUACGAAAUGUAGAAAAUAUAAGAUCUUCUAUGAUAGCAAGUUUAUCUACAAAUUCAUCUCCAAAAAAAAAACAUACUGAUGUACAAAAUGAUGAAUUAAUUUCCAGCUUAAAUGACGAAACAAGUAAAAAAUUAUCACCAAAAAAAAAUGCAUCGAAAAGAAGUAUUAGUAAAAAAUCACCAGUUAGAGUAAUAUCAAAACCAACAAUAAAAGUUUCAACUACUUAUCGUAAAAAUAAGGUAUCACAUAGUCAAAGAAAAGAAUUUGAUGAUGAUGAUCAUCAAGUACCAUCUACAGUUGAUAAUAAAAGUCCAGAUAAAAAACUGGAUGGUGUUAAAACAAAAAAUCCUGUGUUAUUGGUGAAUUUAAAUUCUGAAAAAACAACUCAAACAACGACGAGGUAUAAUCCUGGAGAUUAUAGACAAGAUACAUCAACUGAUAAAAGUAUAAAUUCAAUGACAAAUGGUUCUUCUUCUUCUAAUUAUGAAAUUGUAGUUGAUGAUAGAGUUGCUGAAAAGAAAAAAAAACCUACAAGUUCAGUUAAUGACGAAAUUCAUAUGUAUAAUCAUUUUACUGGACAACGAAAUGUGUACAAAAGUUCAACAGAACUUGCUGAAAGAAUUGACAUGACAAAUGAACCAAAUGCAAAUGAAAUUGCAAGAAAAUCAUGCACAACUGAGUUGACACAAUCAAAUGAAUUUAAUAAAAAAUCAAAUCAACGAAUAAAAACACAAUCACGUGGUCAAAGUGCAUUAUUACGUGAACAAGUACGUAAUGAUUAUCAAAACUUGAUGGAAAAUUUAGAUCAUUUAUCACGUGAAGAAAGAAAAUUAAAAGCAGCUUCUUUAUUAUCAUCAACAAAACAAAAUAAACAUGAUAAAAUUCAAAGUAGAAAAAAAGAUAUGCAAGAAAUUAAACAACAAAAAAUGAAUAGAGCAUUUGAUAAUAUCACAGAUAGUUCACGUAAUGUUCCACUUGUUGAAAGAAUAAUAACAAUUCAAUCAAGUGAUCAUGAAAAAUCAUCACAUGUUAAUUCAGAUACAGAUGAACAAGAUUAUACUGAUAUAACUCGUGAUGAACAAAUAUUAAAAAUGUUACAAAGAAUUGAAAAACAAAAAAAAUUAUUACUCAAAGAAUAUGGUACAGAUUUACCAGAUAAUAUAUUAAGCUCAAGUACAACACCAUUAUUUCAAAAUUCAUCAACAACGACAAAUGAAAAACAAAAAGAUAUAACACAAGAAAUUGAAGUUAUUAAAAUAAUAAAUAAUGAUAAAACAAAAAUACAAGUUGAAAUUAUAAAACCAUCUGAUGACAAUAAAGAAAAUAAUAAUAAAAUUGAUGAAAUUGAAACAUCAAGAAAAUCAGAUACAUUAAAAUAUAUUGAACCAGUUGUAACAAUUAUUAGACAUGGUGAUAGUAACAGCAGCAGUAGUAGUAAUGAUACAGGUCCAAUAAGAAAAAAUAAAAAUGAUUAUGCAGAUAAGACAGAAAUUAAAUCAUUACCAACAAGUAAAGCUGGUUCUCCAGUACAAAAAAAUUCAUCAUCAGCUCCAGUAUCAAGAACAACAAGUCCUAGAAAACGUGAGAAAGUUAAAAAAUUAAAAACAGUUGAUAAUAAAAAAUCUAAUGAUAAGCAUCACUAUGUAGAUACAAAUACUGAUAUGAGUUUUAAUAAUUCAGCUGUCAAUCAACAUCAGCAGCAACAACAACAACAACAAUAUUUAAAUAAAAAAAUGUCAGCUCCAAAAGAAUCAAUAAUUAAAAAUAGUUAUACAUCUGAUACAUCAACUUCAUAUGCAAGUUUACCAGCAACAAGACCAGGUGCAUCAUUUACAAAUAACAAUGACAAUAAUAUAACACCAAUACUUCAAUUAUUAGAUUCACCAAUGAAUAAUAAUAACAGAAGAUUACAAAAUAUAAGUCCUGUAUCAACACCAGAAACUCCAUCACCAAGAACACUUAGAAUUCCAUCAAAUAAACCAAAUUAUUUAAGAAUUGGAAGAUCAUUAAGAUUUGAAGAUGAUAAAAAGCCAUCAAAAUAUAAUAUUAAAAAAAAAAUUAUUGUUGAUAAUAAAAAAUUACAAAGUAAUAAUGAUGAUGAUGUUGAUGGUGUUGAAAAAAAUUAUCGUAAUACAUGUACUUGUGAUAAUCCAACUUGUCGAUAUAUUCAUCAUAAUUUAAAUAAAAAUAUUGAUAGACCUAGAAUGAAUAGUGAUCCAGAUACAUUAAAAAGAUAUGAUGAACUUCAAAAUGUUUGUAAAGAAAGAAUAGCUUCAUUGAAUGCUCGUAUAAAAAAUGUACGUGAUGAAAAUCAAAUAAUGGAUUAUUCAUUAUUAGCACCAAGUGAUGAUACAAUAUUAAUGCAAAUGCCACCACCACGUCCACCUCGUAGUGAUUUAUAUUGUGUACAACAAUUAGUUGAUAGUAUUGAAGUUAUUCAUACACAACUUGCUAAAACAUUAUCUGAUUCACAAAAAAUAAUGACUGGUAAUGCAAGAAAAAUAUCUAAAAAUUCAACAACAUUAAAAUCACCAAGAAUUGUCAAUAAUGUUAAUGUUGUUGAUGAAGUUAUUGAUGUUGAUGAUGACAAUGAUGAUAAUGAUGAUGCUGGUGGUGUUAAAAAAACAAAACCAAAAGUUGUAAGUGAUGAAUUUGUUAAACUUGAUUUAAAUCGUUUUAAACCAUUUGAUUCAAAGCCCAAUAAAAAUCCAAUGACUCAACAUAAUCAGGAUGACAUUGUUGAAAAAUUAUCAAAAGAAAUAUUAGAACAAAGUAAAAAUGAAAAAAGAAGAAUAAUAUUAUCGCCUGAAUCAGAUAGCUCAAUGAAUAAUCAAGAAAUACAAAAACUUGAUAUAUGUAAAAUUUCAAGUUGUAAUAAAACAAGACCACCAAUAAGUAAUUUACAAUUUAGAGCAGAUAUGAUAUCACCACCUCGUGAAUUAUCAACAAUAUUAGAAUUUGAUACAUCUGGUACAUUGAUUAAUCGUAGUCAAGUUAAUAUUUCAAGUCCAGUUAAAAAUGUACAAUCUAAAAAAUCUUCAUCAUCAUCAAACGAACGUGAAAAUAAUAAAAGUACAGAAAUUGAAAAAGCAAUGUCACCUAAAAAAAUUCAUAAAUCAAAUGAAAUUAAAAAUUAUUUAUAUGAACAAGUUAACAAAGAAUUUAGACAAAUUAAUAGUAUACAAAAAGCAUCUAAAUCAUUAUUGAUAAAUUAUGAAAAACGUUUAAAAAUGAAUGAAAAAAUAACGUCAAGUAGUUCAACAAGUUUUUCUGAGUUAUCAGGAAUAUCAGAAAUUUAUUCAACACCAACAUCAACUGAAACAUUUUUAGCAACGUCAUCUGAAGGAAUUGAAGAACAUCUACAAAAAUGUGGUAUUAAUUGGGCAUUAACAACAUUAAGAAAAACACGUGAAGCUUAUGCACUUAGUUCAUCAUCAAAUUCUGAUAUUAAAACUGAUGUAUCACAAAAGUUGUCAUUAAUGGGAACAACAACAACAAAUAAAAAUAAAAAACAUACAUAUGGUUUACCUGAUUUUAGUGAUGUGUCAUCUAUAUCAAUUCAAGAAGCAAAUAAAAGUACUGAACGUGGUGUACUCAUGAAAGCAAGAACAUCAACACCAAAUAUUCAAUGUUCUAAUUACAGUAGUAAAUCAAGUUUAUCAAUAUCAAGUGCAACUACUUUUACUAGUCAGGAUAAAACCGAUAGUAUUAAUUUAGUGGCUAAAAGAUGAAUGAAUUUUCAUUUUUUUUAAAUAUUUUUAUAAUUUUAUA